UAACAACAAAGUUACACCAGUCCCAAUUAAUCAAGCUCAACUUUCCUAUUCCUCCCUACAAAAGUUCUUUUCUCAACAAUGGCUAGCCUUAACUUUUCAUGUGUGCUUUUCUUGUGCAUGAUAGCUAUUGUACCCAUUGCCCAAGCCACCAUAACAUGCACUCAAAUUUCAAACAAUGUAAUGCCAUGCGUAACCUACCUUAGGAGCAAUGGUGCGUCGCCUCCACCUGAAAACUGUUGCCAAGGGGUUAGAAACCUCAACGGCAUGGCCAAGACCACACCUGAUCGCCAAGCCGUUUGCAACUGUUUCAAAGCCGCAGCUGGUGGAAUUUCUGGACUCAACCCUACUUUAGUUCCUAACCUCCCAAAAAAUUGUGGAGUCAAUAAUCCUUACAAGAUCAGCCCCUCCACCGACUGUUCAAAAGUGCAGUGAGGAUGAUAGAGAAGCAAUUUGCGGCUGCAACAAUAUAAGUAGCAUUAAGAAUAAAGACAUUACGUCAAGUCCAGAUGGAGCUUCAAUUUCGCGAGUCUCUUCUCUUCAUUGUUAUGGUCUAGUCUUGUGAUCAUCAUAUCUUGUAUGUCAUCACUAUGAGUCCUCUCGGUUGUUCUAUGAAAUGACUGUCUUUAUAAAAUAUAUGUCACUUAUUAUUAUGAUAAUCUUUCUUUUUUU